AGCUUUUGUUUGAAUUUCUGUCAGCUUGCUCAUCAAUGCAUUACAACAAAAGAUGUGAAUAAAGAAAUGUGCAGAUACCAUGUGAAAAUUUUGAAGAAGAUAGCAAUGAAGAAUGUGAUAAGGCUCCACACAAAUAUAAAGAGGAAAAUUUGCAAGAAAUGUGACAUGUUGCUGCAUGCUGGAAUUACAGCAAAAGUUAAACUACCAGUAAAGAAGCCAAACAGAGCAGUCACAGUGCAGUGUAUCCAGUGUAAAAGUGUAAAGAAAUUUCCAUGUAAUGACCCAAAUUAUAAGAUAUGGAUAGAGAAAUACGAAAACUCUGAAGAAAUGAACACAAAGUCAUAAAACUACCAUUGAAGAAGUAGCUGAGAAUUAAUGGAAAGUGCUUCUCCUUGUAAGGCCACUAAUAAUGAGACAUUGGGAAGCAUAAUCUGUGUGGACUGAAGAGA